GUCGUAGAAUCUCCUGUAUUUCCUGGAAAGGAGACGAGGAAAAGUCAUAAGAAGUUCUUGCUCGCCUCUAAAAAGUUGUUUACCUGACUUCAUCUACAGUCUAAAGCGAGAAAGGUGGAAACGGAAAACAGAAUGUCUCUGAUGGAGCACGGUGGUGGCGCCCACAACAGGCCGGUGACGGCAGUGGCCUGGGCCUCCAACAGCAGCACCUGUCCCAAAGACUUCAAUCUGAUUAGUGUAACUGAGGAUGGAGCUGCUGCUAACUUCACACGGAGCUUCGCCAUGAAGGCUGGCUACUUCCUCUGCUACAGCAAGGACAUGUCAGGUGGUAUGGUAGUAUCAGAUGUCCAGGUGAUCUCAGACAAGGAGACUGUUCCUCAUGGGUACUGUUACAUACCUGAACACCUGGAGCCUAGGGCCUCUGUGUCUAAGAAGAAGCGUGUGUGUGUCCGCAUGGUGCCAGUGGGCGGUGUGGAGACCGCUGUACUGGACAUCAAACUGACGGCUAAGACUAGGAGGAUGCUGCAGCACUACACCUGUUUAGGGGACAUGCAUGGCUAUGUGAUGUGGUGUAAGAAGGGGCCCUUCUCCAGCCCUCUACCCCAGGCAAAGCCUCGCAGCCUCAGCCUUGACCUCCGUCAGCUCUCCCUGGACCAGAACCCCCCUCCGCUACCCCUCAGACCCAGCAACGCUCCACCCAUGCCCCCUGGCAGGAAGCUCAGCCAUCGCCACAGCAACCUCCAAUUGAACGACACUCUGGACAAAGUGGUUGACAGCAGCAACAUCUACGGCAUCUCAGCCAUAGAUGGUGUUCCCUUCACUCUGCACCCCAAGUUCAAGACCCAAACCAACGGCACGACCCCAACAAACACUCUGAACAACAUUCGCAUCAAGUCUGUCCAGGACAUUGAAAAUGAGUACAACUACACUUUCACCGUGGAGGAAAACGCAGCCAAGAGAACCAGACCUCUCACCCCAGGAAGCACCUCUUAAGCUCAAUGACCUUUCAACUCCGACCUCAACAACGGCGGCCUGCUCGACCCACAACACUACGGGGUUCAAUGUGAUAUGUCGGGGUCAUGAAAUGAUAAUCAAUGUCCAAGUGCCUAGAAGAUGACUGACUAGAACAGAAGUGUCAUUCUGCAUUCCAGAGUUCCUUCACAACUCCAUUGUACCGACAUUCUUAUUCCGUGUUCUAAACUCUCACACAUGUCAUUCUCACGCCCCGUAUAUGGGACCAGUUAUAUAUGUUAGAGAUGACUCUUUGAGGGAGAAGAGAACGUUGUCUGGCAGGGUAUGCUUGUUUCUCUUGUUAGAAUAAUGGAAGGAACCUGUUGUGGUGGACCUGUUAACGUCAGGCUAUGGAUCUUCUUCUUUAUUGGGAUGUUUAGGGACCAAACUAAAUGUUGUUACACUUUCAAUGUAAAUAAUGUUACUGGUAUGUCUCUGUGGUGAAACAUGGGUCAUUUCAUGGUUUAAAAAGAAUAAGGAAGUAUGGUUACCUGUAACUGGUCGUAUCUGUAUAUUGUGCCUCGCAUGCAAGUAUAAACAAAUAAAAUACCAAAUCAUUUGACGUGUGUACCGUUCUCAAAUGGUUUGCUAUUAAGGAACGUGUGAUAUCUGUCACAGGGAGAUUAAACAUGUAAACACAGCGACUGCUGACACUUACGCUCGGACUGAUAGACACACCCACUUUUCUGCACGUUCAAACAGGUGAUAGGAGAUUUGUUUCCGUGUAUAACCCGUAACACAAUCUGAACCUCAGAGUCUGUAGCUUUCACCUGUAUCCACACUAGGUGCACCAGUCGACGGAAAAUUCAGGUUUUGGGGAUUCAACUCGAUCCGGAGUCAGGUGGAUAGAAGAUCCUGCAACCACUUUGUCAAUUUAAAUGCAAAACAAAGGUAACGUUUAAAUUUGCCAUCUGCUUCCGCGGUAAUCCUAGGCUACUCCAGCGUUCCAUAAAAAGAUGAAAUAAUGUGCAGAUGUUUAACUUCUAAUAAAACUUUGUAAUAA